AUGGAUCUCAGGGUUGGGAGGAAGUUCCGUAUUGGGCGCAAGAUCGGGAGCGGUUCCUUCGGGGACAUCUACCACGGGACGAACCUCGUCAGUGGUGAAGAGGUGGCCAUCAAGUUAGAGUCCAUCCGGUCCAGGCAUCCACAACUGGAGUACGAGUCCCGUGUGUACAAGUACUUGUCUGGAGGUGUUGGGAUCCCCUUUAUCCGGUGGUUUGGUCGCGAGGGGGAAUACAACGCGAUGGUGAUUGAUCUUUUGGGCCCUUCGUUGGAGGAUCUGUUCAACUACUGUCACAGGCAGUUCUCCUUCAAGACGGUGAUCAUGCUUGCCCUGCAGAUGGUCUGUAGGGUGCAGUACAUCCAUGGGAGGUCCUUCAUCCAUAGGGAUAUCAAGCCAGAUAACUUCUUGAUGGGCACGGGGAGACGUGGGUCCACGGUACACGUUAUCGAUUUCGGUCUCUCUAAGAAGUACAGGGACUUUAACACUCAUAGGCAUAUCCCGUACAGGGAGAACAAGUCCCUGACGGGGACGGCAAGGUACGCCUCGUUGAAUACGCAUUUGGGGAUAGAACAAUCGAGAAGGGACGACUUGGAGUCCCUGGGGUACAUGCUAGUGUACUUCUGCAAGAGUUCACUGCCCUGGCAGGGGCUCAAGGCAACGACGAAGAAACAGAAGUACGACAGGAUCCUACAGAAGAAGUUGUCCAUCAGCGUGGAGACGCUGUGCGAGGGGAUCCCGCUUGAGUUCGCAGAGUACAUGAACUACUGCAGGAAUUUGACCUUUGAUGAGAAACCAGAUUACUUGUACUUGGCGAGGCUGUUUAAGGAUCUGAGUAUCAAGUUGGAGUACCAUAACGAUCAUCUGUUCGACUGGACAAUGCUAAGGUAUACAAAGGCAAUGGUAGAGAAACAGAGGGAGCUAGUGGCAGGGACCUCCGCAGCGCAAGCGGAGGUCCCUGCACAGGGAGCAGUACCCUCUUCUGCCACCGCCACCGUCGCAUCGGCGUCGGGCGGAGACUCCGGCAAGAACGAACAGUUCCAGAAGGUCAAGCUCCUCGCGAUGAAGAAGUUCUCGACACACUUCCACUACUAUCGCCAGGACGACCGGCACAACCCUACCCCCGACGAGAUCAAGAGACAAUCCCUUGCGAACAGCCAAGUGACACUCACUCUGCCGCAAGAACUCCUUCAGGCGAUCGACCGUGGCAUGGACAGUCUCAAGCAGAAACAACCACAGACGAACCCUCCACAACAACAACCUGCGGCGACGCCACGAGUCGUCCAAGGUGGUGCAACGCACUACCCUCCAGCAACGGGACAGCCGGCACCGGAGGGUCCAGGAGGGAACAUCUGGCUGUAA